GUUCAGCUCCCACAUCCGGAUGCACAGUACUUCAGGUACAUGGUUCAGGGUUCGUACAGCGCCAAUUAGUAAAUAACAAAACGCUGAAACUGCUAGCCAAACAGUGGCUUCGCUUGCGGUGAAAUCUAAAGAGCUCUGCUCAGGAUUUGUCAGGUUACAAUAAUGGAAAUUCAUUGAAUGAUAGUACAGAAAACUUAUUAAUUGAUGGGAAUACAAAAUGUCACAACAAACAGCUCUUGUACAAACUACGAGCGCCGGAUCUGACAUGACACCAGUACUUGGUAGCAUACAAUCAAUUGGACCUAAUACUCAGACAACAACUACUGUGCCCAAUAUUCAAAGUGGUAACACAGUAGUACAAAUCUUACAACCUCAGACACAAUCUCAACAAUCUCAAUUCAUAACACAAUCACCAAAACAACAGGUAGCACAGCAAACAUCAACACAACAACAACAACAAAGUUCCUUUAAUGAUUUCCCACAGUUCUUAACUAAAACGAGAUUACAAGAUCUUGUAAAAGAAGUAGAUCCAACAGAACAAUUGGAUGAAGAAGUUGAAGAAAUGCUCUUACAGUUAGCGGAUGAUUUUGUGGAGACAACAGUGAAUGCUGCAUGUUUGUUGGCUAAACACAGACAUGCUAAUACUGUAGAAGUAAAAGAUGUACAAUUACAUUUAGAAAGGAAUUGGAAUAUGUGGAUUCCUGGUUUCGGUACAGAUGAAGUACGCCCAUAUAAACGAGCGACAGUCACAGAGGCACACAAACAGAGAUUGGCUCUGAUUCGAAAAUCAAUCAAAAAAUAUUAGUCUUCCUGUACAUUUUACCAUGUAUACUUCUUAUUUUUAUUAUUAUGUGACAAUUUUUUUAUAUUUACAUGAUAGUAUACUUCUAAUGAUAUGUGUCACUGAUAUUUGUAAAAAAAAAUAUAGAACAUAUAAAUUAUA